AAUGGAAUGAUAUUAAUGGGCGGUGGACUUAGAAAAUGACCUUUUGUGAGAGCGACGAGCGCUUUGGAUUUUCGUGCUCAUCCAUAGAUUAAGUCUCUUUUUACACUGUAUUUAUUUUGAUUUAAUAAGUCUCGGUCUCUCGCGCAGUUGGGAUUUUCUCUCCAGAAUGGAUCGCGUGAAGAGUUCCAUGCAGCAAGUCCCGAACCCCAUUCCCAAAGUGCUCAGCCGUCGCACUGGCGGUGCCAAUAGUUUGGAAGUUGAAAAGGAAAGCUUUGAGCGCAGUCAGGCAGUGAGCAUCAACAAGGCCAUCAACAUACAGGAGGUUGCUGUCAAAGAGAAACAUGCCAGGACUUGCAUAUUGGGAACGCAUCAUGAAAAGGGGGCUCACACCUUCUGGCUUGCUGUCAACCGCCUGCCCCUCUCCAGCAAUGCAGUCCUCUGCUGGAAAUUUUGCCAUGUCUUCCACAAACUCCUGAGAGAUGGCCAUCCAAACGUCAUUAAAGACUCCAUGCGGCACAAAUCUGACCUGAACGACAUGAGCAGGAUGUGGGGUCAUUUGAGUGAAGGCUAUGGGAAGUUGUGCAGCAUCUACCUCAAACUGCUCAUCACCAAAAUGGAGUUUCACAUCAAAAAUCUUCGUUUCCCUGGCAACCUUCAGAUGUCAAACAGACAGCUUGAUGAGGCGGGCGAGAACGAUGUCAAUAAUUUCUUCCAGCUGACGGUGGAGAUGUUUGAUUACCUGGAGUGUGAGCUGAAUCUUUUCCUGGGUGUGUUCAGCUCGUUGGAUAUGUCUCGUUCAGUGUCGGUGACGGCAGCGGGUCAGUGUCGUCUGGCUCCUAUGAUUCAGGUCAUCCUGGACUGCAGCCAUUUGUACGACUACACCGUCAAACUGCUCUUCAAACUCCACUCCUGUCUGCCAGCAGAUACUCUUCAGGGCCACAGGGAUCGCUUCCAAGAGCAGUUUAAGAAACUGAAGAGUCUGUUCUAUCGCUCAAGUAACCUGCAGUAUUUCAAGAGACUGAUUCAGAUCCCACAGCUUCCUGAGAAUCCUCCAAACUUCCUGCGGGCAUCAGCUCUGUCCGAGCACAUCAGCCCAGUGGUGGUGAUUCCAGCGGAGUCGUCGUCCCCUGAGAGUGAACAUGUUGUAGAGACAGAAGAUCUGGUGGACACAGACAUCCCAUCUUUACCGAGUGCUGUGGAGAGUAAAUUCGAUGACCUUUUCGGCACCUCUGCUGCCACAGACCCGUUCAACUUCAACAGUCAGAACGGCAUGCGCAAAGAUGAGAAAGACCGUUUGAUUGAGCAGCUCACAGCGGAGCUACAGGCCCUGAAAGAGGAGCUGGAGUCCUUCAGACUGGAGAGUGGUCGCCUUUGUCAAGCACUGAGGGGGCGUAUGAAUGAGCUGGAGGCGGAGCUGGCAGAGCAGACUCACUUGAAGCGGCAGGCACUGGGAGAGAGUGAGUUCCUGAGGGUGGAGCUAGACGACCUGCGCAGGGUCAGAGAGGACACUGAGAAAGAGCAGCGCAGCCUGAACGAAGUUGAGAGAAAAGCCCAAGCAAAUGAGCAACGCUACACAAAACUAAAGGAGAAAUACACAGAGCUGGUCCAGAGCCACGCUGACCUGCUGAGGAAGAAUGCAGAGGUGACGCGGCAGAUGACAGUGGCCCGUGUCGCUCAGGAUGAGGUGGAUACCGUGAAGAAAGAGAUGCAGGACAUAUUAAAAUCCACUCAGGAAUGCGCAAGUCAGCAGGAGAAGGCACAAUUAGAGCAGCUUCAAGCUCUUCAAGCCGAGCUCAUGUCCAGCAGAACAGAACUAGAGACCCUGAAGAGUACCGUCACCACUUCCCAACAGUCAAAUGAGCAGCUCAGUACUCGGCUUUCUGCUCUAGAGUCUGAGAAGGCGGGGCUAAUGGGGAUCGUAUCUCAGAAAGAGUCGGAGCUGUCAGGUUUGGGGGUGGAGUUAGAGCAUGUGCAAAGCAGUUUGACCACUGAGAGGGAGAGUAGCAUAAAAGCUGCUGAAGCCCUGCAGAACCAACUCAAUGAGAAGGAGAGUCGUGAGCAGGCCCUGGAGAGCGAGCUGGUCUCUCUGCGCUGGGCGGCUCUGUGUGGAGCUCUGGAGGAGGCGGAAAGGAUCAUACAGGACAGUCUGGAUCAGCUGGACGACCCUGCACACAUCAGCUGCACCAGCUCUGCCGAUUACCUGGUGUCCAGGUGCCAGGUGGCUUUGGAUUGUGUGGAGAGACUACAGACAGCCAGAGACUGCUUUAUAUCAGAUGACACAGAUUUGUCUGGGCUUAUGCGGGCAGUGACUCAGUUUGCUCACCUGGUUGGUGAUGUCAUCGUGCAGGGCAGCGCCACCUCCCACAUGGUGCCAGUGGAACAAGCUGAUGCGUUGGCAGACAGCAUAAAGGCGUGUGGCGCGGAGGCCCUGGCGUUACUGUGCCAGCUCAAGGAGCAGAAGUCUAUGGGGACGGCAGACUGCAGCUGUCUGAGGGCGGCACUGGAUACCAUAAAGGCCUUGGGCGAGAAGUUGCGUCCACGGGGUCUGGAGCUGCAACAAGGGGAGCUUGGUGAUUUGGUGGAACAGGAGAUGGCAGCCACAUCAGCAGCUGUGGAGUCGGCUGCGGCCAGGAUUGAGGAAAUGCUCAAUAAGUCCAGGGCGGUGGAUAGUGGAAUCAAAAUGGAAGUCAACGAAAGGAUCUUGGCGUCCUGCACAGAUCUUAUGAAGGCCAUCAAAGUGCUGGUGCUGUCCUCCAAAGACUUGCAGAGGGACAUCGUUGAGAGUGGCAGGGGGGCAGCAUCUAUGAAAGAGUUCUACGCCAAGAACUCCAGAUGGACAGAAGGUCUCAUUUCUGCCUCCAAGGCAGUGGGUUGGGGUGCCACCAUGUUGGUUGAUGCAGCUGAUCAAAUGGUCCAGGGCAAGGGUAAGUUCGAGGAGCUGAUGGUUUGUUCGCACGAGAUCGCCGCCAGCACGGCCCAGCUGGUAGCAGCAUCCAAGGUGAAAGCAGAUAAGGGCAGCACAAACCUUACACGUCUGCAGCAGGCCUCCAAAGGUGUCACCCAGGCAACCGCAGGUGUUGUGGCAUCUACCAAGUCUGGCAAGUCCCAGAUUGAGGAUACGGAUACUAUGGACUUUUCCGCUACGACACUCACUCAGAUUAAGAGGCAAGAGAUGGAUGCACAGGUGCUGGUCUUGGAGCUGGAAAUGCGGCUGCAGAAAGAGAGGGAGCGACUUGGUGAAUUGAGGAAGAAGCAUUAUGAGCUCGCUGGUGUGGCAGAGGGCUGGGGAGGGGAAGAGGAAGGAACGGGUUGAGACUUGUUUUCUGUGCAACAGUCCUACAGACUGGGCUCUUAACAUCUUUAUAUACACUCAAUAUAUUUCCCCUCUCCCUUUUAAUUGUACUUUUAACUCUUUUUCUUGUAUUAUAUAUUAAAGCCAAAUAAAAGGUGCUUUUUUUCUAAAUUUCCCUCUCUUGCCUGUGGAAUCAGUAGAUAAAGAUUGUCACAGCAUUGUGUGAUAAAGUGGAGGGAGUGGAGGAAAAGAAAGAUGGAAAUGGAUUGUGGAAUGUGUGGACAGAGAGGGGAGUGCAGUCUUGCUGUACUGUCUUGAGGAUUUUAUUUCCUCUUCCUCCCAACAUGGAACAACUGGGUGCAGAGAAUCUACCCCUCCUUCCCCCCUCCAACCAUUCAGAACAAUCCCGUCUCUGCCUGAGACCACACAUCCCAUGAUGAAUUGCACAAAGACGUGUCACACCAUAUGCAGUAGAUGAUGACACUGUACUGUGACCCUUCCAGAAUCAACUUUACAAAGAGCAGAAACGUGUGACUUCCACCUCUCGAACCCAUUCUUCUGCGUCAGUCCGACCUCCAGUGAGAGGUGGCUGCCGUCGCAUAGACUCACCCCAAACAGGGACUCUCGCCUGGGCACGGCCUUCCCUAGUCUUCCCCUAGCAGACGUCUGAACUAUGGACUAAAAGGGACAGUGUUGGACAUUUAUAGAUGAUGACCCACUGUGGACUAACACACGAAAACACUAGCAACUUUUUGAGAGCUCAUCUGAACUCUGUAUGACUCACUUCGUCUGGAUGAAUUUGUAUUUUUGAUGGUAUUAUAUUUUCUGUUUUCCUUGGAUUAUGUUCCCGAGGCAUUCAUUUUGGAAAGGAAACCCAAAUAGAUUUAAUCCACCGGCUUUUUACUAUUCAAGCAUGUUCUUUUGAGGAAAAGACACGAGGCAAAGUUCGCAAUAUUUUGUCUUCUGUAUGAUCUUUAGGUUCAAUUGUAUAAUGAAGCAUUUCAUGAACUUCAAGUCCAUGACUGAAAAUUGAACAGACUGUUUUUGUGACCUCAUGUCAGGCUAGAGUUCGUUGUUUUUUUAAAUAGCUCUGUUUAGGUCAUGGUGUCCUCAGCACAUAUAUUGAAAAUUAGUGUGACCAGUUUCCCAGUCCCGCUCGGUUUACACUUGAGAAAAGUGCUUUUUAAGGGAUAGUUCAGGCAAAAAUGACAAUUCUGUCACCAUUUACUCACCCUCAUGUUGUUCCAAAUCCGUAUGACUUGUUUUUUUCUUCUUCUGUAAAACACAAAAGGAGCUGUUAGGCAAAAUGUAAGGCACCAAAAAAUAAGGUCAAUAUUCUUCCAAAUUUUGUAUGUGCUGACGUAAGUAAAACAGGUUUGGAACUACAUGAGGGUGAAUAAAUUAUCUCUGAAUUUUCAUUUUAUGGUGAAGGAACUGUUUAAUAACUACCAGUAUCUGUUCAUUCCUGUCGUCUUCUGGCGUCACAUACACACACCCCUUCGCACUGAGGUGAGGAAAGACGUCCGUGCCUUCCAAAGGGAAAAAGGGUCAAAGGAUCACAUUCCCUCAAAAGACCUUUAAAGUCUUGAUGCGAGUAGCAUCAGGCAGUGUUUUUUAAGUUAUAGUUUGGUAUUGCAAAGUGAUGCUGAGAUCGUGAUGAAUUCACUAGAGAACUGUGUUUUACGUGAGAACAGAUGUUGCCAUCCUUGCGCCAGCCUCUGUUUGGUUUGUUUGUGGGAGCUUUCAGAACGCUAUUUUACAACUUUGUGGAUCUUUAAAAGAGUACAUCUUUCAAAAGAAAUGUGAGGGUCAUAUUUUACUCUAAAAUUAAAAAAUACGAAUAAUGUUGACAUUUUAUUUUGCUUAAAAAGACUGUAUUUAGAACAAUAAAGAGUUGUAAUGACACAUUAUUUCCAUGACAAUUAGGCAUAUUUUUCUCUUAAAUUCUCAUUACUGUAAUGCAAACAAAACAAAUCGCACAAAUCAUCCUGUUUGGAAACAAUGGAUUGAUUUUAUAAAUGUAUUUAUUUAAUUUUUUGGCUUUUUUAUUUGUUAGAUUUUAUAAAAAAAUAUAUAAUAAUUAUUAAUAAAAGUUAACAAAAUAAUUUAAAAACUAAUGAAUAUCAUCCUGUUUUUUUUCCCCCUUCUAUUUUAAUUACAGUUUGGAUAAAUGAAGUUCAAUACAACAAAUGCUACAAUGAAAUAUUUACUAUUGUACAUUACAAAUAUUCUUUAUAAUGUAAAUAAUAUUUUUUACAUAUUACAGUAGAAUCCUGACAGUUGGAGAAAAGGGGGGUGCUUAAUUGUCAUGAAAAUAAUGUCACAAUUUAAAGAAAUCUUAUUGGUUUUCAAUACUUUUUUUUUUCUUUUGAUUUUUAGUGUAAAAAAACAAACAAAACCAGGGCAUUUCUUGACAAUUUAUGUGGGAAACCCCACUCCCAAAAUGGAGAUGUGUCGAGUAAGCCAACAUGUGAACCGUUCAAGAAAGGUCUGUCCAAAGUUUGAGCCUCUGUUAUUGCAAUGUAGACCACAUAGCCUUGUAGACCACAACUGUCUACCAGCAGCACAGCUCUACCCAGGGCUCAGGCACAGGGACUUACAGUCUUGUAGUCAUCUACAAACAAUGGUUACCUCAACUUCUCCACAAUGCAGAAAGCAAAAUGCUCCCUUUCUGGUCCAAUUGACUCAGUUUGAACAUGACUUGGGUAAACCACGAGUGUUUGUGUACUCUAAUCCUAAUAUAAUGUCUGUAAUGGCAGUGUGAAUAUGCGUUUCUGUGAGUGAAUGCUGUGUGACUGAGAUAUGAUAUACUGUAUAUCCCUUAUGUUGUUAUCUUAAUACCCUUGUAUUUUUUCACAAGUUGCACUGCUUUGGCUAAGUUAAAGGGAUAGUUCAUGCUAACAUGGCAAUUCUGUCAUCAUUUACACACCUUCAUUAACAUUCCUUGCAUUUGUUUUCUCCAUACAAUGAUCGUGAAUGAGGCUAACAUUUGGUCUGACAUCUUUUGUGUUGCACGAAUUAAAGUCCGUCAAAUGGGUAAAUGUAAAUGAUGACUGAAUCUUCAUUUCUGGGUGAACAUUUACUUUAAGUUCCUUGGGUAUUUAAUUUCUGUUUUGUUUUUGGAGUGUUAAAACAUCCGGUUUUGGUUUAUUUCACUGGUUAGAUUUGGUUGUCUUGUCUUACCAGCUCAGCCAGCCACUCAACUGCCUCUCACUUUUGUUCAUGUAAAAACAAAAAUGCUCAAUAACAUUUUGGAAGAUAUCUUUGUAUGAUAUAUACUAAAACUGUUGUUGUUGUUUUUUCAGUUUUUAAAUAAAUAUUUCAC